CAUUUUACCUUGCAAUAGACCCCGGUUUUGCACGCCGCCCAUCAACAAAAAAACAUGCGGUCGCAAUCAGGCAAAGGCACACCCGACUGAUUCAAUCAGCCGGCAACGUGACCAGCGCCCCGCCCGCCUACUUAAACCUGCCACCCCCCACUACUUUCUUCCCCCUUUCAACUCACACACAACUCCACACCCGCAUAAAUCAUCUUCAUCAAGCCCAUCGCGACUUGCAACUCUCCAUCAAAACAUCCAUCAAUUUUUCCAUCCUCAACAAACACUACCAUCAUUAGCAAUGGCCCGCACAAAGCAGACCGCCCGCAAGUCCACUGGUGGCAAGGCCCCUCGUAAGCAGCUUGCUUCCAAGGCCGCCCGCAAGUCGGCUCCCUCGACCGGCGGUGUCAAGAAGCCCCACCGCUACAAGCCCGGUACCGUCGCUCUUCGUGAAAUUCGUCGCUACCAGAAGUCGACUGAGCUGCUCAUUCGCAAGCUCCCCUUCCAGCGUCUGGUCCGUGAAAUUGCUCAGGACUUCAAGUCCGACCUCCGCUUCCAGAGCUCUGCCAUCGGCGCUCUGCAGGAGUCUGUCGAGUCUUACCUCGUCUCCCUCUUCGAGGACACCAACCUCUGCGCCAUCCACGCCAAGCGUGUCACCAUCCAAUCGAAGGACAUCCAGCUCGCUCGUCGCCUCCGGGGUGAGCGCAACUAAGCAUGGUCAUUUCGGUCUUUGCUAGCUUGGGGUUUAUGGGAGGGGCGGUCAUGACUUUUCUUACAUCUGGGACGCUUUGAUGGAUGGAUCAUUCCACGGCACAAUGGGCUCACGGCGUUUU